UGGGCCUUAGGAUGAAUUCCAGCUGCUGUCAGAGCGACUUAGCUUGAGCAGCCAGCAUCCCAUUCAAGCAGCACUGGCAACCAGGCAGCAACACUACCUCACUGGAAGAAACCAACAUGGCGGGUAAGAUCCAGUCAUUGAGCGUGGAGGAGAGGGAGCACUUGCUGCCACUACUACGGAGUGCCCAGUGGGUGGAGGUAGUGGGCCGUGAUGCCAUCUACAAGGAGUUCAUCUUCAAAGACUUCAAUCAAGCUUUUGGCUUCAUGUCUCGAGUAGCACUACAGGCUGAGAAGAUGGACCAUCAUCCUGAGUGGUUCAACGUAUAUAACAAGGUGCAGAUCACCCUGAGCACGCACGACUGCGGAGGCCUCUCCCAGCGGGAUAUCUCACUGGCCACGUUCAUCGACCAGGCGUCGGUGCUGUGACCACUCGGUUCUGUGAGGCUCCAUGACUCUGCUGUGCCCAUCCCCUCUCUCUACUCAUCUCUUCUGUGGAACCCAGAGGCCUGAUGUGGAUGUCUGUUUUUUAUCAUUUCAGAGGCCAGGGGCCUAUACUACAAAGCUGGUUCAGGAGUAAACCAGGC